AUGAUUGAUAUUAGUGCAACAAUAACACCUCUAACUGCAUUUUAUGUUGCCUUGUUUGGAGCUACAAUGAUGUUCAACUACAAUUCUAUCGAUCCGAAUCUCCGUCCCAUCAACAUACCUUCAACUGAUCUCUUUUCAGCAUACGAUUUCAUUAUUGUUGGAGCAGGAUCAGCAGGUUGUGUACUGGCUAAUAGAUUAUCUGAAAAUCCUAGCUGGAGUAUAUUGUUAUUGGAAGUUGGGCCAGACGAAAAUAUCGUUACGGAUACACCACUUCUUGCUUUUAAUAUGUGGAGAUCUCCAUUGGAUUGGAAUUAUACAACCGUUCCUCAGAGGAGAGCCUGCUUGUUGGCUGGAGGAAGGUGCGAAUGGCCUCGGGGCCGAGUAAUCGGGGGUAGCAGUUCUUUGAACUUUAUGGUUUACGCCAGAGGAAACAGGAAGGAUUAUGAUGGUUGGGCAGCUGAUGGUAACGUCGGUUGGUCAUAUGAUGAAGUUCUACCGUACUUCAGGUAUUCUGAAGAUAACAGAGAUUAUGGGGAAACCGAAUUCCAUGGUGUGGGAGGGCCAUUAACAGUAUCCAGAGCACCUUAUCACUCACCAUUGCAAGAUGCUUUUCUUCAGGCGGGCAAGGAACUAGGAUUUGACAUUGUAGAUCCUAAUGCAAUGAACCAAACUGGCUUCUCUAUUUUACAGGGCACACUCAGAAAUGGAUCAAGGUGCUCAACUGGAAAGGCAUUUCUAAGACCAGCACGUAACAGACCAAAUUUGCAUGUAGCUGAGGGAGCCUACGUUACGAAAAUUCUGAUCGAACCAACUACGAAAACUGCCUUUGGAGUACAAUUCGAGAGGGGCGGUCAGACAUUCGAAAUAAAAGCCAAGAAAGAAGUUAUUAUGUCAGCAGGUUCCUUAAAUACACCACAACUUCUAAUGCUCUCGGGCAUAGGUCCAGCUGACCAUCUUAGUAAUUUAGGAAUACCAAUCAUUGCGGACCUCCCGGUCGGGAAUAAUCUUCACGACCACUAUGGGACGCCCGUCGUAUAUAGCCUUAAUGAACCAAUAACCAUCACACAAGAUCAAUAUAUGUCUUCGGAUUCAAUUCUAAGCUACACCAUGUAUGGACAAGGUCCUCUAACGGUACCAAUAGGAAUUGAGAAUCUUGCUUUUGUAAAUACGAGCAUGAACCCCAGAGAGCUGGACUACCCAGACAUCGAGAUCCACCUCACUUCCUCGCUGCCAGACAUGCACAAUAACAAGCAGCUGUGGUUCGGCCUAGCCCAAGUGCUGCACCCUAAGACCAGGGGUACGGUCCGCCUGCAGAGUACCAAUCCUUUUGACCCGCCUCUAAUGGACCCAAGGUAUUACGAGACAGACUAUGAUUUUGAAACAGGAAUAGAAGGUGUUAAGUACACACUCGCGGUGUCGAAUACUCCAACUUUCCAGAAGCUAGGGUCAACAUUUUAUUCGGAUUUUUACACUGCAUGCGCUACUAUGACUCCCUUGACGGACGAGUAUAUUCAAUGCAUGGUUGAAUAUUAUACCAGCACUAUUUUCCAUCCUGUAGGUACAUGCAGGAUGGGACCUGAAUCUGACAGUAGAUCAGUAGUAAGUCCGCAAUUGCUCCUUCAUGGGGUCAACGGACUUCGAGUUGUCGACGCUUCAGUGAUACCGACUAUUCCAGGAGGCAACACAAAUGCUCCUGUCAUUAUGGUUGCCGAGCGAGGUGCAACAUUCAUUAAGCAAACUUGGUCAUCGGCGUGAGAGAA